CAAUGUCUAUAAUAAUAAUAAUAUUCUAAUAUUUUUAUUAGAGCAAGUCCAUAAUUAUUUACGUGUUAUGUACGUGAUUGUGCUCCUAAUCUCCUAUCCCUGGAGAAUGAUUAUUAGCCACAUAUGUACGGCCCUCAUCCACCCUUGAACGCAGAAGAACAAUAUAUGUGCCGCAGUUGCACAUAUGCAUAAUCAGUAGCUAGCUCGAAGUAUCCGAUUAUAUAUCGUUAAAAAAUAACUAAUAAGCAUGACUGAGAAGAGGAUAGUCUGUGUGACAGGAGCAUCGGGGUACAUUGGCUCCUGGCUUGUCAAGAGGCUUCUUGAAAGAGGAUAUCAUGUUCGAGCCGCGGUCCGUGAUCCUGGAAAUGAGAGGAAGGUGAAGAAUCUGUUGGAGCUGCCGAAUGCAAGUGCGCAUUUGAGCUUGUGGAAGGCUGAUUUAACUGAAGAAAGUAGUUAUGAUGAUGCGGUUCAAGGUUGCCAUGGUGUUUUUCAUGUCGCCACCCCUAUGGAACUUCUCUACCAUGACGAACCUGCUGAGAACGAAGAUAUAGAAUCAACAACAGUGAAUGGGAUACUGAGCAUAAUGAGAUCAUGUACCAAGGCCAAGACUGUGAAGAGGUUCAUCUACACCUCAUCCACAGGUACGGUUAUAAUGCAGCGUCAACCACCACUUCAUGAAUACACUGAGGAACUUUGGUCCGAUUUGGACUUCUGCAAUGAAACUAAGAUGUUUGCAUGGACAUAUGUGGUAGCGAAAACUACAGCAGAGAAAGCGGCAUGGAAAUAUGCUGAAGAGAAUGGGAUCAAUAUGGUCACUAUUCAUCCUUCCCUCGUACUUGGCCAAUCUGUUACUCUUCAAAGAAGCUUUAGUACUGAUGCUGCAACUGCAUUGUAUACUCAAGAUGAAGCUAACAUUGCUCUGCUAAAGAAACUUCAUAAUUCAUCUGCUGUGCAUGUUGAUGAUGUGUGCAAUGCGCACAUUUACCUCUUUGAGCAUCCUCUAGCCAAGGGAAGAUACAUUUGCUCCACUCAUAUUUUUGACAUAUUUGAAAUUGGACGUUCACUUAGCCACAAGUACCCAGACAAGAAUAUACCAACCGAAUUUGAGGGCUUAGAAGAGUCGCCAAAAAUAAUCCCAUGUUCGUCGAAGAAGCUAAUUGGACUUGGUUUUGAGUUUGCUCACAAAAAUAAAGAUGUGGGCGACUUGUGCGCUGAAACUAUCGAAUGGUGCAGAGUAAAGGGUUUGCUCUGAUGACAGAGAUCAUUGAAUCAGCAAAUAUUAUAAACAUUGUUAUGGCUUCAAAGUUAUGUUGUUAAGCAUAAAGCAGCAGACAGAACUUGUAAAUUUGGUACUGUUCUGUACAGUUUUUGUACGCCUACCACAUAAUUGAUCACUUAAUCAAAAGAAAAUGAUUUUCUUUUGAUUAAUACUAUAUAUAUUUCCUCA